AAAUAAUAUCAAAACGCUGCAUUGUCAACAAAAACAGGAAAUAAGUUUCAAGCUUUAUAAUAAAAUUUAGUGACAAGACUAGAUCUGGAUCUAGUGACAGCAAGGUAGAAAAGAAUAUUCUCAAGUCCACUUUCAACUGAUGCUGAGCCUUUUUUUUACACGGCCGUCCAAUAAAUAUCGUAUUGAGACAGCCACCUUUGUUGAGGAGAAAAGUGGCUCUUACACACACAGUGUCCUUAUGAUGUAAAAAAUAUACAAGGGAGGAGGAAAUGGAAAGUGGCUGUUUUGUAGUGAAUGCAUGCUGACCAACUGAAGACAAGCAGUUCACAGACUACUGAAGCCACAUGGCUCUGACAUCUUUACGGGCCUUGCCUGUGUGGCAGAAGGCCAGACAGGUGUCUGAGGAGCCAACUCCGCUUGACUUUUAUUGUGAAGACAGAUGUGGCCACAAUGCUGUUUGUAUCAAAGAAGAACUUCUUGUCUGGGGUGGCUACCAUGAGCGGUCUAUCGGGUCCAUGUAUUGUGAAAAAAAGAUUCUGUGGAGUUUCAAUUUGGAUUUGGAUUCAUGGUAUAGAGUCACUACAUAUGGAAAGGGCCCAGAGUUUCGAUCUGGGGCAUGCAGUGCUUUGAUAUGGCCCCGCUGGUACAUCAUGUGUGGUCACACUUACGACGGGGAUGUCAAUGAUGUGCAUGCCUUGAAUCUGAUUACUCUGCGCUGGGAGAAAAUACAAGUUCCUACAAGAGGUGUAAAAGCUAUCGCUCCUCGAGACAAGGCCACAGCCUGGGCUCAUGAAAAUAGCCGAAUAUAUAUCUUUGGUGGUUAUGGCAUGAAACCAUAUGCUUUCAUGUGGAGUGGAGAGGAAGAUAAAUAUACCCUUGAAGUAGAGUUUGGAAGAGGUUGGAAUGAUCAAAUUGUGUACUUGGAUGUGGAGAAAAAGUGCUGGGUGCGGCCGCAAUGCCAGGGGCCAAAGCCAAAAAGCCGAGCGGCACAUGCGACCAUCUACGUGGAGGGGGAUGUGUAUUUAUUUGGUGGUCGCCACCAGUCAGAGAGGAUGAAUGACUUGCAUCGGUUCAAUGUGGAGUCUCAUCGAUGGAGUGGCACGCUAUGUUGCUUAGGUACAUUACCUGAGGGCAGGACUUGGCAUACGCUGUCUCGUGCCUCGAAAACUGAUCUGCUAAUGUACGGCGGUUUCAACGUUGAACAGAAACCUUUAGAUGAUGCCUGGUUGCUGAAUAUGGAGACGUUGUCUUGGAGUGUGCUUAGUCGCAGCACUGGCUUCCCCCGCCUGUGGCAUACGGCCUCAACCAAUCCGCACGGAGAUGUCCUCAUCUUUGGUGGCUGUGAGAAUAACAUCCUGGACGAGGAAACGUCAAUGAUUACUAGUCGGAAAGUUUUACUGUUGAGAACAAAACCUUUUUCAUUGGAGAGGCUGUGCCUGCACUGCAUGUACACACAACGAUCAGUCUUACGACCACAAUGGGAAUGUCUGCCCAGGCAGUUCCAGGAAUGGCUGCAGGCGAAAGAGAAAGUAUCGGAGGAGAUGAAGCCGCCCAUUUCGAUGAGCAAUGUGGUGUUGGGGCAGGGACCUUCUCUUUCACAACUCUCUAUAGUGACAAAAUCGGAGGCUCAGGGUCUCAAUGACGACCAAGAUUUUGCAAACUACUUGUUUCACGCUUUCUAAUCCUGCCCUGGUCUUUUUAAGAAUGUCGCUUUUGGAACACAUGAUAUUUCAAAUUUGGCUGAGAAAGUUGUGGAGCUUUGAUGUGUGAUUGCAGGCUGUGUGGAUGCUCACGUUUUUUUUCCCUUAUACUUGGAAAUAUUUUGACAAAGAGAUAUUAUAAAUGGUUUCCAGUCAGAAAUGGUUGAUGAUUGUUUAUGCUUGUGGAUUUUGAUAAUUCAUCUCAUAAGUACCAUAUUGUGUGAAGUGAACAGAGAUUGGUUUAUACUUGUAGUGAAACUAUUUCAUAGUAAAGCUGUCCCCUCAAAAUUAUGCAAAUUUAGAUGGCCAAAUUAUGCCAAACAAAUGCAAAAUUAUGCAAAAAUGAUGCAAGUUACCUUAACACCAUUCACGACGUGUUUUGCACUUUUUCAACAAGAAUUUUCAUGUUUUAGAUCUAUUUACUGAAGAAUUGAAAAUAGAACAUGUCAGUAUCAUUUAUCAAUAGUUUUUUGUGUAUUUGGAAAGAUACACAUCAGUCAGAAAAAACAACAACCAAAAAAUAUAAUCUCUGUAGCUUUCACUUUCAGCUGUAUAGAGGGAAAAAAAUGAUUUUUACAAAUAUUGGAAAAAAAAAAAGACAUCGGGACCUCUGAUGUUGGCACAUCACUAAAACCAGGGACACCUGUCGAACAUGAAACAUUAGCAGACACGAGAACAACUUUUGAUUGAUUGAAACGUGCUCAAGGAACAAAAGUCCAUAACAAGGGAAAUAACCAACUUGUCAUUUAAACUUAUUGUUCCGAUUACUUCCCUUUAGUCACUUGGCGAGGCGUUAAAAAUAUUUUGUGAAACAUUUUUAAUUAAAAAACGUGAAAAAAACGCGGGGAAUUCAAAAUUAUGCAAAUGUUACGGAAUUAUGAGAAAAAAAGCGGCCGCACAAUCGCAUAAUCCUACUGGGACAGGUAAAGGGCAUGUGUUUGUUGAGGCCAAAUUGGAUAAAAUGACAUGCCUUUAGCUCUCUGCUGUGCUGCUGUGUAAGUGUAAGGAACCAGUCUUCAAAAUAAAACCCUGAUUUCUUUGACUCUUUGCCCACUAAUUUCUUCCCAGUCAAAGAUUCAUUGUCACUCCUGAGGUCCUGGCUCUUUAGUAAUUGUAUGGUUUUGAAGGGGCAUUUUUGUAUAUGACAUACUUAACUAUUUGGUAUGUUGGUUGGUAAGGGAGAACCACUUCAAUACUGAAGAUUGAUGUCUAAAACAUGUUUUGGAAACUUGUAGUGUGGACUGUAAAGAAAAGCUCAAGAUGAACAGUACCCUUCAAGACCUGCAGGCCAUCCCCAAAAAAGCAGUUUGUUGUUUUUCUCAAAUAUUGAAAAUGAAUUAGAUAAUAGUUUUUGUCUUGCUUGCAGUAUGGUACAAAUGUUGUUAAUUUUACGCUAAAACCUUUGCACUGGAGGUCCUCAAAGGGGAACUUUGACUUAUGAGAGAUGAUGAAUGAUGAGGUUUUGUGUGCUGUACACAAAGUACAAAUGUGUCUCAAUGCAGUGGAAUCGGGCGCUUGUCAAUUUUUGGGCAUGUGGAGUUAUUGGUGUCAUCUUACAGUUUGUUCAUUUUUCUUCCUUUCAAUUAAAAAAAAAA